UACGUUGGUUAAAGCUUAAAGCACUAUACACAUAACCGGUUAAAAUAUAAACGCUAUAUUUUGAAAAUAUGAAGCUGCCGAAAUUUGAUUCGUUCCGUAUCAAAAUGUGUGAAUUUAUUAUCGUCUAAUACAUUAUUUUUCUGUAUUAAACACAGCAUAACAGUAAUAUGUUUGAUCAAAGCAUUAUUGGAAUAUGCUUCUUUAUAUGGUUAGCAGUUGUUUUCAACUUUUCUUUACACCGUAUAGAAGAAGGUCAUGUCGGUGUUUACUUUAGGGGUGGGGCAUUAUUGCCUCAAGUGAGCAAUCCUGGCUUUCAUAUGAUGAUACCUUUAUUGACAAUAUACCGUUCGGUUCAAGUUACAUUACAAACGGAUGAAGUAAAGAAUGUACCAUGUGGCACCAGUGGCGGUGUGAUGAUUUACUUUGAUCGCAUAGAAGUUGUAAAUAUAUUGGAUGCGAAUAGCGUAUAUAACAUAGUGAAAAGCUUCACAGCAGAUUAUGAUCAAACUUUAAUAUUCAAUAAGAUUCAUCACGAGUUGAAUCAAUUCUGCUCUGUGCACACAUUGCACGAAGUAUACAUAGAUUUAUUUGAUCAAAUAGAUGAAAACUUAAAAACUGCUCUGCAGAAAGACUUAAACGAUCUAGCACCUGGCUUACGUAUUCAUGCUGUUAGAGUUACUAAGCCUAAAAUUCCAGAAACUAUCAGAAAAAAUUAUGAAUUAAUGGAAGCAGAGAAAACAAAGUUAUUAAUAUCUAUGCAACAUCAAAAAGUAGUAGAAAAAGAUGCAGAAACUGACAGGAAAAAAGCUAUUAUCGAAGCAGAAAAACAAGCACAAGUUUCAAAAAUUUACUAUAAUCAGAAUAUCAUGGAAAAGGAAUCUCUUCAAAGAAUAGUUGAGAUCGAUAAUGCUAUGCAUUUGGCAACAGAGAAAAGCCAUUCUGAUGCUGAGUACUAUCAAAUGAAAAUGCAUGCAGAGGCAAACAAACUACUUCUUACUAAAGAAUAUUUAGAGCUGAAGAAGUAUGAAGCACUGGCACAAAAUGCGAAAAUAUAUUUUGGCGAACACAUACCAAAAAUGUUUAUGUAUGACAGUAGGUCAAACGAACCUGCUGUACAUUCCAGUGUAGAAGUUAAAGAGGUUAAAGAGACUUAAUUUAUAUUAUUUCAUCGUUGUUCCGUUUAACAGUAUAUCACAAAAUAAUAAUUCCUUCAUCUAACUGUAAUGUAAAUUAGUUUCUGGAAUAUAAUAAUUCGAAGAAGUUGUUUGAAUAUUUCAGAGUAACAAUUGUAUUGUAAGAUUUGUUAUUUUAUGAUUUCGAAGAAUAAAAUGUAUCAAACUCAAAUGUAUGUAUACAUACUGAACAUACACGUAUUUAUACAAUUUGCGUAUUUCUAACUUUUCUCUAAUACCGAGUUACGUUAGUUUUAGUACAAUUUUCUAGUAAAAAUAUUAUUAUUCUAUAUGUAUUAAUACUGCACUCAAAACUUUAUAUUCAUUUAUAUACUACUGUGUGUAAUGUAUUUUGUAGUUUUUUUUAAAGAGAUUAACUUAAUUGUAUACCACAGAUAAGGAAUGUAAGAUAAGUUAAAAUAAACGUCAGAUUCGUGAACCA